CUCUCGGGGUGACCAAUGGACGGCGGACACGGCGGAAGGUGACUGUGUAGCUCUGAGUCGGUGAGGCGGAGAGAAUCACACAGCGCACACCGAGCCGCGGAGGGACGUCAACAUGGACGGGACUCUGCUAGGUGCAGUGAUCUGCUCACUGUUUCUCGCAGUGAAUUGUGUGUAUACUGCCAGUGAUGAUGUAGUCACGUUAACCCCCUCUAAUUUCAACAAAGAAGUUAUCCAGAGUGACAGUUUAUGGCUGGUGGAGUUCUAUGCUCCGUGGUGUGGGCACUGUAAGGCACUGACCCCUGAAUGGAAGAAAGCUGCCACUGCCUUGACGGGAAUUGUGAAGUUGGGAGCUGUUGACUGUGAUCAGCACAAGUCUUUGGGUUCUCAGUAUUCUGUGCGAGGCUACCCCACUAUCAAAGUGUUUGGUGCUAAUAAGAACAAGCCAGAAGAAUAUUCGGGCGGCAGAACCAGUGAGAGCAUAGUGGAUUCGGCAAUAAAUGCGCUCCGGGCAAUGGCGAAGGACAGGCUGAGUGGAAGAGGAGGAGGAUCUGAAUCUGGAAAGCAACAGAGGAGCAGCAGUGGCGGCAGCGGUGGAAGUAAAAAGGAUGUUGUUGAACUAACCGAUGACAAUUUUGACAAACAAGUAUUAAAUGGCGAGGAUGUAUGGCUUGUAGAGUUCUACGCUCCAUGGUGCGGGCACUGCAAGAACUUGGAACCUGAGUGGGCAGCUGCUGCCAGUGAAGUCAAUGAACAAACCAAAGGGAGAGUUAAGUUGGGUGCAGUUGAUGCCACUGUCCACCAAGGCCUCGCCAGUCGUUAUGGGGUGAGUAGUACUAAAAUUGAACAUGUCAUUUCUCCAAUGUCCCAACUGAGCUGCGGCUUUAUUGCAGGUGCUGCUGGAAGGAACGCCUACCUGGAAGUCAUGCUGAAGAUGGCUGACCGAUACAAGAAAAAGAUGUGGGGGUGGCUAUGGACAGAAGCUGGUGCACAGUUGGACCUGGAGACCUCUCUGGGGAUUGGAGGCUUUGGUUACCCAGCUAUGGCAGCUGUUAAUGCCAGGAAGAUGAAGUUUGCACUUCUGAAAGGUUCCUUCAGCGAGCAGGGAAUCAAUGAGUUCUUACGAGAGCUUUCAUUUGGCCGCGGCUCCACAUCACCGGUUGGCGGUGGCGCAAUUCCCAAAAUUAACACAGUUGAAGCCUGGGACGGCAAAGAUGGAGAGCUCCCAGCUGAGGACGACAUUGACCUCAGUGAUGUCGAACUUGAUGACUUUGAGAAGGACGAACUGUGAAGAAACAUGCAGAUAUAUAUACCUCCCUGUUGUAUUGUUACAUCCCUCUUCUUGGAGGAACUUAUGCAGCUGGUGGACUUCUACCCAUCUAGAAUAAUGGGUGGUUCUAGUCACGACUUUAUUUUACUCUAAGAAAUCAACGUGCACUUGAAGAGAAGGAUUUCAAUGAUACCAAUGAACGGUUCCUCUCGGGAGAACACUGAAAAAUUCUAUGAAUUGUUGUAACAGUGAGUUUCAUCGUAUGCGGUUUAGAUUUUGGGGGCGUCUGAUGGUUUUGUUUUUUAUGGGUUGGGAGGGCUUGCUAUGGGACUCAUGCAUCUUGAAGGAAUUGUUGUUAACGCCCUAUUGGCUUUAUGGCCAUUCAAAAACGGUCUCCUAAAUGUUUCCUUGGCUGACACUGCAAUGUUUAUUUUGUUUAAUGUAUUUUCCUUCGCAAAUUGAUCGGCUUGACUCAAUUUAUGAAUAAAAUAUUUUUUGACAA